AUGCAGACUGCUUCUACAAACAUUUGUGAAAUAAUGGCAGUUAGUCCAUCUGUAAAAUUUCCUUGCUAUCAAAUAUUUCAUGGUCAACUGUUAGUGGUAUUAUAACAAAGUGGAAGCAACUGGGAACAACAACAACAACAACUCAGCCACAAAGUGUUAAGCCACGUAAAAUGACAGAGCGGGGUCAGUGCAUGCUGAAGUGCACAGUGCGCAGAAGUCGCCAACUGUCUGCAGAGCUAAAGACCUCCAAAGUUCAUGUGGCCUUCAGAAUAGCACAACAACAGUGCAUAGAGAGCUUCAUGGAAUGGGUUUCCAUGGCCGAGCAGCUGCAUCCA